AUGAUAAUCGUUCUCAGCAUUGUUAUCGGAUAUGCCGUCUAUUUGUUUAUUGUUAAUUUACAACAGAUUUUGGAAUUAUGGAGAAUUAACAGAAAAUGUGCACAGAAUCUCAGUAUGGUAAAUGGACCUCCAUCUCUUCCAUUGAUCGGGUCAGCUCACUUAUUCAAAUGGCAUCCAUAUGAUUUCACAUUCCAAAUGGAGCAUUGGGCUCAGAAAUACAUGUUCGGUCGUGCAAAAUACGGGGAAAUCGCUGCAAAAAACAACGAGGUCGAUGGGAUUAUGCUCCUUUGGAUUGGCCCAGUUCCAAUCGUUUUUCUAGGAAUUUCAGAGUGUAUCAGACCAGUCCUCGAAAGUAACACAAAUAUCUCAAAACCAAGUCAAUACGACAAAAUGAGUGAAUGGAUUGGAACAGGACUGUUGACAAGUACUCAUGAGAAAUGGUUCCAUAGAAGGAAGAUGCUCACACCGACAUUCCAUUUCAGUAUCAUUCAAGACUACUUUCCAAUCUUUGCUCGUCAUGCAGAUGUUCUUGUCGAAGCAGUCGAAGCUCAUGUUGAUGGAGACUUCUUUGAUGGAUUCCCAUAUUUUAAAAGAUGCACUCUGGAUAUCAUUUGUGAAACCGCGAUGGGAAUCCAAGUGAAUGCCCAACUCGGCCACAACAAUGAAUACGUUCAUGCUGUGAAAAGAAUCUCAGAAGUCGUCUGGAAUCAUAUGAAGUUUCCAUGGCUUUGGAUAAAACCGAUUUGGUAUUUGACUGGAUUAGGAUUCGAAUUCGAUCGAAAUGUAAAACUGACGAAUGAUUUUGUGAGAAAGGUGAUUCAAGAAAGAAAAGAAUUGUUGAAAGAGGAGGAUGAAGCAAGUCAGAGAAAGAGAAAAGCUUUCUUGGAUCUUCUCCUGACAAUUCAAAAAGAAAAAGGGACUCUUUCGGAUGAAGAUAUUAGAGAAGAAGUCGACACUUUCAUGUUCGAAGGGCAUGAUACAACUUCCAGUGGUAUUGGAUUCACUAUUCUCUGGCUUGGAUUCUACCCAGAAUGCCAGAAAAAACUCCACAAAGAGUUGGAUGAAGUCUUCGGGUUUGCUACAGAUCAGACUCCAACAAUGGAUGAUAUCAAGAAAUGCCAUUAUUUGGAGAAGUGCAUCAAAGAAUCAUUGAGAAUGUUUCCCUCCGUUCCUCUAAUUGCACGUCGUCUAUCUGAAGACGUCACGAUUGAUCACCCCAGUGGCCAAAAGAUAGUGCUUCCUGCUGGCCUUGCCGCUUGUAUCUCCCCUAUCGCAGCUGCCCGAGACCCCCGUGCUUAUCCCGAUCCAGAUACAUUCAACCCUGACAAUUUCGAUAUUGAUACAAUCUCUGGAAGAGAUCCAUAUGCAUACAUUCCAUUCUCUGCCGGACCAAGAAAUUGUAUCGGCCAGAAGUUUGCAAUUCUAGAAGAGAAAACAGUUUUGUCAAGAUUUUUCCGAAAAUAUGAAGUGGAAAGUCUACAAACAGAAGAGAAUCUUCGACCCAUUCCAGAAUUAAUUCUGAGACCUUACAAUGGAAUUCGAAUCAAAAUUAAACGACGGGAAGCUGCUGAUUAUGUAGUUUUGUAA